CCAAUGGGGGGAUCUUUGGGUUUCCAAAAAUGGUUCUUUGGCCGCUGGUGUCACUUCCAUAUUGAAUGGCAUAUUAAUGCUAAUGUCUGAAUUCCAUGACUGACUAUAGAAUAUGGCAUAGUUAUUUAUUAUUUGCUUUUCCGCCACAAAAAUAGUUUCUUCCUUAAAUUUUAUCGAUUCAUUUUCGAUUAGAUUUGAUUUGUACCCACCGUCGCGAACCGUCAUCAAUGGGAAAAUCCAAGCUUGGAUUUUUGGUUAUAUUUGCGACGUUAUAAAUAGAUCGGUUAGACAAUAAAUUAUACAAUCGUGACUAAUGAACGAUGUGAAAUGUGUUUUUCUUAUAUCUUGUUAAAAAAAAAAACUUAGACAUAGUAAUCUUUGGAGUUUCCUUUCAUAAUUAACGAUAUACAAUACACUCAAAAGAGAAUUCAGUGCAGCCGGAUAUAGACGAAACAAUGAUAUCUUUCUUAUUAAAUCGUCGUGUUUUUGGAGCUUACAAGGUUUCUGCUGUUUUAAUGCGGGAUUAUGGAAGCUUAUCGGAAGUAAAGAAGAUUCAAAAUGUCUUGCAAGCAGCUAAUAACAUUGGAAACGCUAAGAGAGUAACCAUUUUCAGUACUUCUAACAUAAAAGAUGUGAGCCAAGCAAAAUAUAUUAAUGUUAAGGAUUUACUAAUGACAGAGCAGGGAAGAAUUGUGCUAGAAAACUAUAAAUUUAAAAAUAUUAAAAAAUUCCCUACGAAGCCACUACCAUCCACUAAAAAGUUUCCCAUCAAAGAAAAUGCUGGCAAAGGAAUAGAUCCAUAUGAAAAAAAAGAACAGGAAGCUAAGAUACUUGAGAGGCUAAAAAACAUCGCUAAAGAAAAGGUCAAUCCAAUUGAGGAAAAAAUAGAAGAGCUUAAAAAUGAUAACAGAUUACAGGUUACAGAUAACUUGAUAGCCAAAGCUUUUGAUGUCCACUUUAUUAUCAAAAAGCAGAGCAAGCAUGCUGAUCCUGAAGGCUCUAUGACUCUACAAGCGAAAGAUUCAACAUCAGCUCCUCCACCACCCCCUAAAGGAUCACCGCCACCCCCAACUGGAAGCUCUCCUCCACCUAAAAGUGGUUCUUCUCCUCCAAAGGGUGGCCCUCCUCCACCAAAGGGUGGCUCUCCUCCACAAAAGGGUGGCUCUCCUCCACCAAAGGGUGGAUCGCCACCACCCAAGGAGCCUCCGAAAGGUCCACCGCCUGGAACACCGCCACCUCAGACGAAGACAACUUUUGGACCACUUGCUGAUGCUGAUCGUAUCUUUACCAAUUUGUAUGGACGUCACGAUUGGCGUUUGAAGGCGGCUAUGAAGCGUGGUGACUGGUACAAGACCAAGGAGAUCUUGGGAAAAGGCGAUAUUUGGAUAUUAAACGAGAUCAAAACGUCCGGAUUGCGUGGUCGCGGUGGAGCAGCAUUUCCCAGUGGACUUAAGUGGUCAUUCAUGCUUAAACCGCCUGAUGGUAGGCCCAAAUUUCUGGUGGUCAACGCGGACGAGGGCGAGCCAGGCACUUGUAAGGAUCGAGAAAUAAUGCGUCACGAUCCGCACAAGCUGAUAGAGGGUUGUCUCAUCGCCGGAAGAGCAAUGGGUGCCAACACUGGAUUUGUAUACAUUCGUGGAGAGUUUUACAACGAGGCUUGUAAUCUUCAAUAUGCUAUUAUAGAAGCAUACAAGGCUGGUUAUCUCGGAAAGAAUGCGUGCGGUUCCGGAUAUGAUUUUGAUCUGUAUGUGCAUCGAGGAGCAGGGGCCUAUGUUUGUGGUGAGGAAACCUCCCUAAUCGAAUCCUUGGAGGGCAAGGCUGGUAAGCCGCGAAACAAACCUCCUUUUCCAGCGGAUAUUGGGGUCUUCGGUUGUCCGUCGACGGUGGCCAAUGUGGAAACGGUUGCUGUGGCUCCAGCGAUUUGCCGGCGUGGUGGCAAGUGGUUUGCCAGUUUUGGACGUACACGAAACUCCGGCACCAAAUUGUUUAACAUCUGUGGACACGUUUGCAACCCGUGCACGGUAGAAGAGGAAAUGUCUAUUCCUACAAGGGAAUUAAUUGAACGCCAUGCUGGCGGAGUGAUCGGUGGUUGGGACAACCUUUUGGGCAUAAUUCCGGGUGGCUCCUCAACUCCUGUAAUUACCAAAGAAGAUGCUGACUGUUCAAUCCAUGACUAUGAUGGGAUGAUACAAGCGCGUUCAUCCAUGGGAACUGGUGCCUUAAUAGUGAUGAACAAGGAUGCGGAUAUUAUCAAGGCCAUUGCCCGCCUCUCAGCAUUCUACAAGCACGAGAGCUGCGGUCAAUGCACGCCGUGCCGCGAGGGUCUACACUGGAUAAAUAUGAUAAUGCAAAGAUUUGUGACAGGAAACGCUCAGAUUGGGGAGAUCGAUAUGUUGUGGGAGCUGACCAAGCAGGUUGAGGGCCAUACCAUUUGUGCCCUCGGUGAUGGUGCUGCCUGGCCUCCCCAAGGACUCAUCCGUCAUUUCCGUCCGAUAAUCGAAGAGAGAAUUAGAAAGCGGGAUGCUGAUCAGCAAGCUGCAGCUGAUGCCGUAGCCGCUGAACGCUUCCCUUGUCAACCUGUGCCUCCUUGUCCAGAAUAAAGCGUGCCAACUGCAG